AUGUAAUAAUAAUAAAUAUUACCUCCAUAUACAUUGACAUUAAAGGAGUUGUUGAGCAGACCCAAUUUGGUGGUUGUCUCCGAGGAAGGCAUGAGGUUCAGAACUGAAAUUCGGGAGGAUACCAGGAGUGCUUCUCCCAUCCCCAAGAAAGGGAGCAACAAGACACUCAGGAUGGACAAGUCUAAAGAGUUGACGAGUGGUGCUCUUAGGAUAGGGAAUUCAUCGUUUUAUCAAGGGAGGUAAGAAGUAAAGUGUUUAAAUGAGACAAAAAGACCCCCACUUAAAUAGUAGUCAUUUAAAGGCUCAAAUCUAGAAGCCGUAUGAUCAGAAAUUGAUGGAGAAAUUAACGAGUAAAAUUUUAAGAGCGGAAACUCCGAUUCAGACUAUCUCAAAUAGAUUACAAGAAUUAUACAAUGAGUUUGAUAAGAACAACAAAAGAAUAACGAAGUUUGAGGAAACUAUCGAUUAGAGCAGUAAAGAAGCCACUUUGGCUGUAAUUGAAUCCAAACUAGGCAAAUUGCAUGAAAACUAUUAGAUUGAAUUGAAAAAAAGAGAGUGGACUCAAAAAGUAUGAUGUUGUGAAUCUAAUUGCAAGCACAUUCAAGAGGUGUUGAGACAGUAGAAGUUAUACAAUCAAAGAUAAAAUGAAUUGUACGACAGUAAUUUUGAGAGGCCUCGCAAUAAAGAAAUUGAAGAAUCAUAUUAUAAAGAUCCAAAGUAUUUACAGAGAAAACAAAUAAGGUUGCGUGAUUAUCAGAAGUAUAAAUACGAAGUAGAGUUUAUAUUGAAAUGAAUAGAAAUACUGGAAAUUGCAGCCAAUAAUUGGAAAACUUUAGUCCUGAG